AUGGCCGUCAACGGCCAUUUUUCAGCCGAGGCCUCCUCGGCACCCACGCGUGAACUCUGGAGACAUCCAGACCCCACCUCAACACCACUCUGGGCCUUCACCCGCGGCGUCAACGAAAAGUACGGCCUGCAACUCAAUGACUAUCCUGCCGUCUACCAGUGGUCCAUUGACAAUGUGGCUGCCUUGUGGGAGGAGGUCUGGCACUUUUCUGGUGUCAAGGCCUCCAAGUCGUUCGAUGAGGUCCUUCCCAAAGCUGCUCCCAUGUACCCGCGCCCGGAUUUCUUUGCUGGUGCGCGUCUCAACUUUGCGGAGAACCUCCUCUUCCCGGCGAACGUUGACGUCUCCCCUGAUGCCGUCGCCAUCAUCACGACGACUGAGCUCGGCAACCCCGUGUCGACGACGUGGGCCGAGCUUCGUGAUGCUGUCCGCCGCUGCAGCAACGCCCUGCGUGCCCACGGCGUGACCAAGGACGACGUUGUCGCCGGCUAUGUCUCGAAUCACGUUCAAGCGCUCGUGGCCUCGCUCAGCGCUGCUUCUGUCGGUGCCAUCUGGACGGGCAUCAGCCCCGACAACGGUGUAAGUGCCGUGCUCGACCGUCUCGCGCAGAUCACGCCCAAGGUCCUCUUUGCCGACAACGGCACCGUCUACAACGGCAAGGAGUGGAGCAGCACGAGCAAGACGACGGAAAUCGUCGGUGCCCUCAAGGACAAAGGCCUCGAGCUCGUCGUCGUCAUUGACAAUGUGCGCUGUGAUUUGGCCUUGGAUGACCUCAAGGCCAAGGAUGUCAAGACGGUCGUCGAGUACGAGCGCUUCCUUCAGUCGUCGUCCGACGACAAGGCCCUCAUCUUUGAGCAGCUGCCCCCGGCGCACCCGCUCUACAUCCUCUACUCCAGCGGCACGACCGGCCUGCCCAAGGCUAUCGUGCACACAGCCCUCGGCACGCUGAUCCAGCACAAGAAGGAGCACCACCUGCACUGCUCCAUGACAUCGGCGUCGCGCAUGCUCUACUACACGACGACGUCGUGGAUGAUGUGGCACUGGUCCAUCUCGGCCCUCGCCGUCGGCGCCAGCCUCGUCCUGUACUCGGGGUCCCCCUUCAAGCCACACGGUUACCUCUCGCUGCCGCGGCUCCUCUCCGCACUCAAGGUCACGCACUUUGGCACGUCGGCCGCCUACCUCACAGCGCUCGAGGCCAACCAGGUGCGCCCUGUCCGCGACGAACCAUCUCUCGAUCUCUCGCACCUCGAGGCCAUCUACUCGACGGCGAGCCCGCUGCCGCCGAGCACCUUCAACUUUGUCUACGAAGCCUUCCCGCCUCACGUCAACCUCGCCUCCAUCACGGGCGGCACAGACAUCAUCUCCCUCUUCGGCGCCCCGUCCCCGCUCCUGCCCGUGCGCACGGGCGAGAUCCAGUGCGCCGGUCUCGGCAUGGCCAUCCGCGCCCUCGACUCCGUCACCGGCGAUCCCCUGCCGGCCGCCAACCCGGGCGACCUCGCCUGCGUGCGACCGUUCCCCUCGCAGCCGCUGACCUUUUUCGGCGCCGGCGGCGACGCCAAGUACCGCGCCGCGUACUUCGAGCGCUUCGCCGACGUCUGCGGCGCUGCGGGCCCCGUGUGGCACCACGGCGAUUUCGUCCGCGUGCCCGACCCGUCGACCGGCAGCCUCGUCAUGCUGGGGCGGUCGGACGGCGUGCUCAAGCCGGCGGGCGUGCGAUUCGGCAGCGCCGAGAUUUACAACGUCCUCACGCGCUUCUUCGCCGGCGAGGUCGCCGAUGCCGUCUGCGUCGGCCGCCGGCGCGAGACGGACACGGACGAGACGGUGUGUCUCUUUGUCGUCAUGGAGGAGGGCAAGGUGUUUGACGAGGACGUCAGGGCCCGCAUCCAGAGGACAGUGCGGACGGAGCUGAGCCCUCGCCAUGUGCCGGGCGUGGUGGAGGAGUGCGGUGGCGGGGUUCCCAAGACGGGCAACGGGAAGAAAAUCGAAGUGGCAGUCAAACAGAUCCUCUCGGGCAUGGCUGUCCAGACCAACGCCAGCGUUGCCAACCCCGAGGCUCUCGACUGGUUCAGGGCGUGGGCGGCGAGCCACUAA